AUGGCCGACCCGUUUGCGGCCAAUCCUCAAUACGCCUCCCCAUCGGGAUAUCAACAUCCUCUUCCGCACCAACAAGCACGACCUCAACAACCCUAUCGAGCGUCGACUGGACCAGGUCAAAUCAUGCCUUCAACAGAUGAGUUUGGAUCGUACAGUCCUGGACAUGCACCUUUACCUGGUCCAUCACAGUCGACUUCCGCGGCUGCUGCAGCAAGAAAUAGACAAUCGAUGCCUAUGCCCCUACCAGUUCCUGAACCCAUCGCAUCUACCUCUCACGCCUACGCUUCUUCCCACUCGCAUACCGCCCAAUCUCAAGGUCAACAGCAAUCAAGAGCAGCCAAUCGUCGAUCCCACAACCCCACUACCACUUUAGGAAAUGCUUCACCACCUAAAGCUGAAUACCUGACGGACGAAUAUGUCCUUCACCCCUCGGUGUACGCGUACAAGCAGGCUCACCCUCGUCGGCCUAUGAUCGGCUUCGGUCCCUAUGUCUUGCUGCAAACCUUAGGAGAAGGUGAAUUCGGUAAAGUCAAACUUGGUGUGCAUACAGAUUACGGUGUAGAAGUGGCUAUCAAGUUGAUCAGACGAGGUAGUUUGGAUGAUGAGGUUAGGGCCAGUAAGGUUGAACGUGAGAUAGACGUGUUGAAGACCCUCAAACAUCCCAAUAUUGUCCGUAUGUUCGAUGUGAUAGAUACUGAGAAGUAUAUUGGUAUCGUCCUGGAAUAUGCUGGUGGUGGUGAAUUGUUCGAGCACAUCCUUGCUAAUAGGUAUCUCAAGGAGAAGGAUGCUCAGAAGCUGUUCGCUCAGCUCAUCUCUGGUGUCGAUUAUUUGCAUCGAAAACACAUCGUUCACCGUGAUCUCAAGCUUGAAAAUCUCCUCCUAGACAAACACCGUAAUAUCAUUAUCACCGAUUUCGGUUUCGCCAAUCGUUUCGAUCACGCUCAAGAUGAUUUGAUGGCGACAAGUUGUGGUAGUCCAUGCUACGCUGCUCCUGAACUAGUCGUCUCAGAAGGUCUGUACGUUGGCUCUGCCGUCGAUAUCUGGUCUUGUGGUGUCAUCCUCUACGCUAUGCUUUCGGGCUAUCUACCUUAUGACGAUGAUCCUCAAAAUCCUGAUGGAGACAACAUCAACCUCCUCUACAAGUAUAUCAUGAACACCAAGCUCAACUUCCCGGAUCAUAUGUCCCCUCUCGCUAAAUCCCUACUUCAGAUCAUGCUCGUACCUCUACCCGAACAUCGGUGUACCAUCUCGCAAAUUAUGGAACAUCCCUGGCUCGCUGCUUAUCGAGACAUGUUCGUGCGAUCUGUCGAAGAGCACGAAUAUGUCUUCCAAGAGGCUAUGUACAGGAAGAGUCAACAAGCGAAGAGAGAAUUGUCAGAAAGAAAGAGGAUACAAGCUGAGGCUAAAGAAGCCAAAGCUAUGAUGCAAAGGAGUCAAAGUAACGUGCCAGGUUCGUCCGUUACUGCAAGUAUGCUUGACUACCAACGGCGUCGAGAGCAACGGCAUCACUCUGCGUUGCCUACCACUUCGACCAUGCCGGAAUACCUCAGCAAUGCUGGUCAUCGAACACCUCCUCUUGAAGCACGGCACAUCUCUCCCGCUCCUCUACCUGCACCAACUCAUACUCAGCUACUCCCUGAGGCUUCUAUGGUCGUCUCCCCCGCAAGUAUGCCUACACCCACUAUACCUUCGCUAUCUACGCCAUCGCCCUCUGGAUCUCCUCCAAAAGGUGUCGAGGCCAACCCUGCUGUCCACACGCCUACCGAAUCUGUGGCGGUCGAAUCGGUCAUGGCGGUGGAAAAUGAAUCACUCGCUACACCUCUUGUCACUCCUCCCAUUGAGACAGAUUCGAAAUCUAGACCACCCAUGUCAUCCAACAAGAACCGACAUACCAUACAGGUCGAAUAUGACGGUGAAGCCUCGUACGAGAGAAUGCAAGAAGCGAUGCAAGCCAAACAGAAGGGCAAGGAAGUUGAAGAAGCUGAAGUCAAGUCGGAACAUCUCGCUCCUGUCAUGGUGAAUGUCAGGCAUGGUGGAACAAGUGAUGUGGAGAUGGAAUCUGGCUCAUCUGACAAUGAACAUGCCCGACCUGAAACUUCGGAAUCGGUUCAAGAGGAAACUCCUGAAGUUACUCCCGUACUCACCCCAUCAGUCACCGCUUCACCCAUACCAGAAGUCAAAGAAGAGGUACCUACAGUCCCUAGCACACCUUCUCGAAAGACGACCACCGCUGCUGGCCCACCGUCACCUUCUACCCCUCGGGCUUCUACUGCGGCCAAACCAGAAACUAGCAUCGCCACACCUCGAGCUGAACGAGCUGCACCACCUACUCCUAAAGCAUCUUUGGUAGCUGAAAGGAAACGACAUGAUUCCAUGCCACCUGCUCUGUCCACUUCUUCUGUUCCCCCUCCUAAAAAUCCUGAUCUCAAACCUUCUGGUCUACCCAAGCCACCCAAGAGGGAGAGAUACAGAAAAGGUAUGUCACUUGAUAAAUUCGGUUUGGCCAAACUCCUCGGUCAAGCUUCGCACACCAACGAUGAGAAUCGGAAUCCACCACCAAGCGCGAGUGCUUCUGCUGUCGCUCUCCAGUCUGGUCAUUCAAAGAGAGCUUCCAUAUCCCUCUCGAGACCUGGUACAGCCGAUCCUGAGAAGAAGUCGAGGAGGAAGACCUUACAACUUAUGGUCAACAGGUCGAAUUCCCGAGACGAUCGAUCACCUCAAACCCCUAUCACUCCCGCUACUCCGCUAACUGCUCGAGACAUGAACCCACAAGCACCCGUCUCCAAGCCAACCUCUCCACCCGUUGUUAUCGAACGAGAUGGCAUACAACCUUCCACGUCUCCUCGUCCUGAUCAAUCUUCCCCUUCGAUCGUCACUGUCGAUGCCUUUGCAGCUCAACAAGCGUCUUCACCUCCUCACAAAACUGCUUCCAGCAAAGCUGCCAAGAAGGUUAUGGAUUGGUUCAGACGUAAAUCGCUCGCUAAAGAUACUCUAGUCCAUCUGAAAUCGGCUGGAGUGAAGUCGGAUUCUCAAUCAUCUUUCGUUAGAGUGUCACCUGCUCGACCUCGAGUCGCUGAAAGAAUGAAUGGAUCAACUGCCAACCUAGCAAUGUCAUCCGUUAGUAGUAUCGGGCACACCCAGGAAGGACCAGUGGUUACAGUCUCGGAAGAACCAAACGAGGAUGAAGCACAACCUGAAUCUGCUACUUUGCCCAAAUCAGUCACUCCUACCGAACCCGCUAGGAUCCCGUUGGGUGAAGCAGUGAACAAAACCAACGUACAAUCAACUUCGGAUCUAUUAUCUCCUACUCGAGCUAGAGUACCGACACCCGAACGAUCUAAGUCUCACAGAGUCUCACCUUCACAAUCUCAGUCAGGUCACGGUACUUCCUCACUUAGUAAACCUGUUCUUACAACCAGGCCACGAGCAGGUUCUGAAGAUAUCAAGAUGAGAGUACAUACUGGUCUAGUUGACCAAUCUGCUCUAUCGUCCAAACCUCCCAAGGAAGUUAUGGCUGAAGUAUUGAAAGUGCUCCAAGAGAUGGGUAUGGAUAUCAAGCGAGAGAAUGAGUUCAGAUUACGAUGUACGAGAGUACGAAGGAGAAAGGCCGGUGCGACGACUGCUCUUGGAAGUGUUAUGAGUGUCGGAUCGGGUAUGAGUCCGUUCACUCUGAUGGGUACCGCUAGCACAAGCAAGACCGACUCUCGUGGUCUUCCAUUACCCAUGUCUCCAUCAUCUGGCGGUCUGUCAAGUGGUCUAAAAGGAAUGUUAUUACGUAGAGGAUCGUCAUACUCCUCACAACCGCAUUUACCUCGAAGCGAUUCAGAGAUUUUCAGUUCUCCCUCAAUUGGAAACACUCCUGUCUUGCCUUCCUCUGACAAAUUACCAUCCCACGAACCGUUAUAUGGUGAACAUUCGGUAGAUUCAGGAGACGAAGUGAAAUUCGUCAUUGAAUUAUGCCGAAUCAAGAAUUUGCCUGGAUUGUAUUUGUUAAAUAUAAAGAGAUUAAGAGGAAGCGUCUGGUCGUUCAAGUUUAUUUAUCAAACUGUCCUAGAACGAACUUCAACUCUCACUCACUAG